UGCUAACGUGCCAAUGAUUUGUUUAGCAUAGCAACGUCGAAGGAUUAGAAUGAAAAGACUGGGUCAAAACAUGAAAAUUGAACUAAUGCUGCGCUUGGAUCGUCUUUCAAUGAGAGCACGAUGGUAAAUGCCGUCACCGUAGACGGGACUUCCAGCCAGAGUUCAAAUAUCUCAUCUUUUGCCGUGAGCCAUAUCAUAAUUUUCUACCGGAUGUUGUUUAGCAGUGAUUUGUUUACUGAAGUUACCAUAGCAACGCAUACCAUCGUGCUGGCUUACUUUUGCGGUCACCCGCUUUCUUCUUUUUUAAUAAAUAAAAAACGCUUUCUUGUCCCGAAAUGCCGACUGGUAUGUCCGUUUUUGCAUCCCUCUUCUAACCCAGCAUAACGACCAGCCGUACCACUUGUAAUUAUUUUGGAAUAUUCGGUGAGGGUUAUUGACGUCGAGAGAUGCUUACUACCCUCAUGUCAUGAAUCUCGAGACAACUCAAAGUUGCCGGGGUGUCACGUGUCCUACUUAUAUCAGUACAACCGUAACAACAUACGCAUUAUAUUAUAUCAAAUAAACCUCACGUGGCAAAUAAGACAUUCACUGUUUUGUUUAGCAAAUUCGACACUAGCCUCCAUUCUAAAAAUUAAAAAAUACGCCACCUGCUGGAGGGAGACAGAUUUUCCGCCGAGUUGGGCCUCUUCCUCCUAUCUGGGAAAACCAAAGUUUUGACAGGAACUAAAUUCCAAAAUGGGGAAGGUACAGGUAGCUAACUGGGAUAACCGACUCGCUCAGCGUUGGACUAAGCUCAUUGUUUACAUGUCAGCCAGGGAAGGGAUUUGAUGGUAGGCCUGCAAGCGGGGUGACCAGUGCCUGUUAUACAGGCAGUAGAGUAGGCCAGGAUGCCAGAGAUGACAGAGAACCAGACUCCUGGCCAUAAACCACGAAAGAAGAAAAACAAGGAAUCUCACAAUGCAGUUGAGAGACAGCGAAAAGAGAAGAUCAAUGCUGGAAUUAACCGUAUUGGGGACCUUCUACCAUGUUCCCAGGCACUGAAGCAGAGUAAGAACAUGAUCCUUGACCAGGCCUACCUUUACAUAAGUGAGCUGCAGAAACAAAAUGACGCCAUGCUUCUCGAAGGGGGAGAACGAGUACAAGUUGAGGAGAUCCGGCGACUGCGGCGUCAGCUGGACGAGCUGCGGAGGGAGAGCGGCCAUUACAUUGAGUUGCUCAAAGCCCACGACAUCAACUUCCUGGACGACCCCACCGUCCACUGGAAGGGAAAGCUGCGCUGUGCAAAGGUCGCCAAAGUAACGCCCACUCACCAGCUCCCCAAAGGAAUUAUUGUCUACUCCAAUGGGAAUGUGAUAUGCCCAGCAGGGAAGGAACCUAGUCCAGCUUCCGAUCUGGGGAAGCAGCCAGUCAUGGCUGGGAUUGUUCAGUCGUCUUGUGACAUCACAGCAGGGGUUAGGGUGAACGUGGCUCUUCAGCACGUCAGUGUCCCUUCCUCUGCCCCUCCGCUCCUCCCUAAGGCAACCCUAGCCCCUAUAGUGUCUACACCUGGCAUGAAGCUGGUGGAACAGUGUGUAGAAGAGGUACCUUUAGCCCCCAAACUACCCCCCUCUGUGUCCUACAUCACCCUCCAGGGUAUCUGCCCACUCCCCAUGGUCACUGCAGCCUUGCCCCGGCCUACCACCCAGCCCCUAGUCUCCCCGUUGCAGCCAGUUUGGCCACCCCACUCUCGCUCCAUCCUGUCCCCAGCUUUACAGCCCUUCCCCAGGUCAACCACCCAGAACGCUGCCAUCGGGACUAUGAGCUAUACGACUAUCAACAGCAGCCCUACUGUCCUCCGGGCCAGUGCAGCAGGGAGCACACAGACCACCUGGACUACCUUACAGCUGGCUGGGAACACAGUGCAACCUGUCUGCCAGUCAGUGGGCACUAAACUAUCAGUUCAACCCAUUCAUAUUCAAAUGAGGCCACAGGUAACCAUACAGCCCCAGGCACCCAUCACUGCCCAUAUCCAAGCCCAGCCUUCCACCCAGAGGACACCCCAGCUACGGCCAGCUAUCCUGGCCCAGCACCAGCCCCACUGUACUGUCCUCCCUCAGUCAGCCAUCAUGUCCCAGCCUGCUGUGGUAGCCAACUCAACUAUGAUAUCACGACCUCAACCUGCUGUACAACAACAGGCAACAGUCCCCUCCCAUCCACAGACUGUCCUCAUGACUCAACCCCAACCAGCUAUGCUUCCUCAGGUCCAGGCUCAAGCCCACCCCCAGGCAGCUGUUAGGCCCCUCCUCCAGACCAUGCAGGUAUUGCAAAUGAACCCUACUGGGACAGCAAUUGCUGGGGUAACGACUCCACAGAACACUAACAACCCGAGUGUUGUCAUCCUACAGCAGGCCAAUCCCUGCUCAGCCCAGUCGGUUGUCAGUGAUGACUUAACCAAUCAGACGCCUUGUCAGCACAUCGUCAUCAUCCAGGCAUCCAAUCAGCCUCCACCUGCACCUCCUCAGAACCCUCAGGUUGGCAUGGUGCCUGCAGCAGCACCCAAUCAGAUUGUCGCUACCAGCUCCACAACUUCCACCACUGGGCAACAGAUCGUUGGGGGUAAACAGUUGGUUCACAUUCUACCACGUCCCGUCCCUCAAACCCAGACACCCCAAGCCCCCCCGGUUCCCUCGAACCCUCAGACCAUCACUGUGAACGGGCAGGUGUUUGCCUUGCAGCCCAUGAAGACCUCUGAAAAGUCAGGCUGUAAGGGUGGCCAGAGCAGUCUCCAGCUGAUCCAGCCCAGCACCGCUGAGGAGCCCAGCACCGCUAAGGAGCCCACCACCAACAUGCACACCCUGGGAGCCCUCAGCAGCCUCAACCAGAGCAUCUCACAGGGCAUGCCGUCGUGCAUCUCCACCCAGAGUAACGUCCAGCGAACCCUAGCCUCACCAUCCUACUCUAUAGUGCCACAGCAGAAGCCAUCUUCGGUCCCCAUUUUAGCAGCUCCACACAGUUCCCCCGUCAGGCAGAUCCAGAUCCCCAGUGUGACUCCACACAGACCAGGGCUGGCGAUGGGUACAGGGAAGGCCUUGUGGAGACAGCCUGAAACAGCCUCAGUGCCCAGACCUAAGAGGGCCAUCACCAAGAGGACCAAGUUAGUGAGUAAGAAGGAGCCCAAACAGGGACGGCCUGUCACCAUCUCAGCGAAGCCAGAGGCUUUAACAGGGGACCGUCUGGAACAAGAGGUUACUGUGCCUCAGGGAAUCCCAUCCUCUGUUGCUGUGACAGUUCGGCCAAAGCCACUCCCUGUCAGCACUACAGCUAACACACCCACAGUUAGUAGUAGUGAGGCUUCAACACAGACCAGACCUGUUGAGAUUAGUAUCAACUCUACACUGUCCUCUCCUGAAGGUAAUAGUGUGACUACUAAUUCAUAUAGUGGACCAACUGUCUCCAGUGAAUGCACCACACAGAGUAAAACCUCUGUGACAAGUGUCACUCCGUGUACAGCAGCAAUUAGUAGUAGUAGUAUGAUUUUUAGCUCCACACAGAGUGAACUCAUUAUCACUAGUGUUGUGAGUCUAGCUACUGUCACUUCUGCAGCAGAUAAGCCUACAGUCACUUCUACUGUUUCUUCUCAGAGUAAACAACCUGCGGUUGCCGUUAGUGACAGGUCCACUCACCUCAGACCUACAGUCACUUCUACUGUUUCUUCUCAGAGUAAACAACCUGCGGUUGCCGUUAGUGACCGGUCCACUCACCUCAGACCUACAGUCACUUCUACUGUUUCUUCUCAGAGUAAACAACCUGCGGUCGCCGUUAGUGACCGGUCCACUCACCUCAGACCUACAGUCACUUCUACUGUUUCUUCUCAGAGUAAACAACCUGCGGUCGCCGUUAGUGACCGGUCCACUCACCUCAGACCUACAGUCACUUCUACUGUUUCUUCUCAGAGUAAACAACCUGCGGUCGCCGUUAGUGACCGGUCCACUCACCUCAGACCUACAGUCACUUCUACUGUUUCUUCUCAGAGUAAACAACCUGCGGUUGCCGUUAGUGACCGGUCCACUCACCUCAGACCUACAGUCACACAGAACAGACAGCCGGUCACUACUACUAUCAGCACUGUGCAAACUAGAUCAGCUAUCACUAAUGGCAGUUCUAGACAGAGCAGAUCUACCGGUGCCUGUUCCACAGAGACUAGAUCUAGGUCUACGGGUAUGAUGUCUUCAGCAGCAUGUCAACCCUCAGUCAGCACUGUAAACUCAAUAGGAAAUAGACCAGUGGUGUCUCUCCAGUCUGCUCAGCUCACUUCGUCAUCACAGGGUCAGACCAAGCCAGCCAACAGCCAGGAGUCUCAGCCUACAACCCAGACCCAGUUCCAGCCUGUGGCUUCUCCUUCGGGCCCCUCCACUCCAACCCCCUGUUCUGGCGCCCUGUCUUUUGCCUCGCCCUCUGUAACAGUCCCCAUGACCAUGCCAUCAGAAUACAGGAAAUGGGUCCCCUAUAACAGACCCUCCACCCAGCAAAUGACCAUGCCCACUUCCACACCAUCCCAUCCUGCUGAGCUCAAUGUGACAGCGGUGUCAGGCAGGGAGAAGGAACCUCAGGCAGAGGGCCACCCCAGCGCAGCAAUGGAGAAAGCGAGCGCGAGGAGUGAUGCUGCUCCCUCUAGAAUGGACUACACUCUCCCACAGCAGGUGUACGUGCUAGACCACGAACCCUUGGAUCAGCCUCCGGCUCCUAACAGACAGACUGACUCGCUCAUGUCUGGUGGCGCAGGUGGUGGAAGGGGCUUCUCUGUGGCGUCUAUGCUUCCCACAGGUCACAGUGUCAGUUCCUCGCCAGGUCAUUUUGGAUCGUUUACUUUUGCCAGCGAGCAGACUGAUAUCCUGGCUAUGUUGGAGCAGGACAGUCCUGGGAGGAGGGUGGGGGGGUGCACCGUGGAUAACUCCUCCUCAGCAAACACCCCAACACCUGCAUGGGAACCCAAUUCCAAGUCCCAGCAAGCCUCCAACAGCAAAGAGAGGAGUGCUGGACAACAGACAAAGCUCACCAAACAGAUGGAGACUCCAGUGGCUAAACAGGUGUCUGUUAGGGUCCAGGCUGGAGAUCAGACAUCCGCAGUCAGACAUCCACAGAACAUCUCCUUCUCCCAGUCCCACUCUCACCCCCAGAGCCAGGCCCAGUCUGGUACUUCUGGCACCCUCAGCGUCAACAACCUGAUCCGGCCCAGCUCCAGCCAGCAGCAGGCCUACCCAGGCUCCCUCAGUCUGGCUGGGCAGCUGGGCUCAGUCCCAUCCCCUGCAGGGAACUCAGCCCAUGUUUCCCAAACCUCCACCCCUGUCCUUCCUCCCUUCUCAGGCUCAGUCCAGCUGAACGAGUACGCCCCCCUGAUGAGGCCCCAGGUGGGGGUGGGUGAGCCGCGAUACAUCAAGGACUUGUCCAAGAGGCCAGCCCAGGAGGAUGUGAUACUGUCCAGCAGUACCAAGCGACAGAAGACCUGCUCGUCGGCCUCUAACGUGGGCCGCAUGGAGGUCAAACCCCUGGACCACAGCCAGAUGAUGGUACCCCAGCUACCCCCUACCACCUCAUCCAUCAUGACCAGGAUCAACCCAGACGGAGUGGGUACCCUGUUCUCAGGCAACACCUUCAUGAGUACAAUGCUCCGACCCACCGAGAGCCACUGCACCCCCCAGCUGCCCACACAGGAACACAACCAACCAGGUGUGCUCCACCUGCCCCAUGGCCACCCCCAGCAUGGUGCAUCCCAGCCAGGCCAACACCUCGGGGGCAACCCCUACCUGAAGCAGCAGCAACAACAACAACAACAGGAGCACCAGGGGCACCACCUGUACCAGCUCCAGCAUCACCUGACCCAGCCUGACCCUGCACACCUCCACAGCCUCCACCAGAGGGCGCUUCAGCAGGUCCAGAAGAAGCGGGGGCUGGUUGGAGGGGGUCAGAAACAACACCACCAGGAGAAGGGAGGGGUUCAGCAGCACCAGCAUCAACAGUCACAACAAUCACAUCAACAACAACCUCAAACACACCAGCAGCACCAGCAACAGUCGCAGCAGCACCAGCAACAGUCACAACAACAGCACCAACAGCAAACACAACAACAGCACCAACCACAAGCCCUGUCACAGCAGCAACAUCUGCAACAACACCCUCAACAGCAGCACCAGCAGCAGAGCUCCCACUCCAGACACCAGCACCUCCAGCAGCAACAGAUCCAGCACUUUGGGUCGCAGCACCAGGAAAAGAGCUGUGAGGCCCAGCCAGGACCAGCGGGACCCAGAGGUCACCACAGCAGCCACCCGGCCCAGGAACACCUGAAGUCUGAUCAGGACCACAGCACCAUGCAGAGGCUGAUGAGCUCUAGAAACCUGGAGCAGCACCUGACCUCCCAGCCCAGCAACCCUGCCUCCCAGCCCUCUGACCUGGGCUGUGCUCCCCCGCGCCAGGAUCACCACCGUGUCUCCAGCUACUCUGCAGAGGCCCUCAUUGGGAAGGGCUCGUCUAGUGAUGAGCAGCAACGCAUGGUGCUCCAUCUGCAGGCCACCCGCGGUACUACACAGGAACAGCCAGACCUACGGGGAUACCUGGACACACCCAGAGUGAAGGGCAAUGUCACACACAACCCUCAGAGCCGGCUGCCCCCAGACCACCCAGGUUCUGCAGACGUCCAGAGGGUCUCUGAGUGUCCUCCGUUUAAAACAAUGGCCAGUGCUGAAGGGGGGCAUCAGCUGGGGGGCUUUGAGGACAUGACACCUAAAUCAGGUUCCUCCUCUCAGAGAGGCCAGCAGGGGGGUUUCAGGAUGAACCCGGGGCCUCCAGGGGAUGGGCGAACCCGUGGGGGGUACAGUGGACCCCAUCCUGGGACGCAGGGGGUGCAGAUUGGUGCUCCAGGUCUUACCCGGGACCAGGAGGGGUGUCAUCAGAGUUUUAUGCAGAGUCUCCUGGAGCAGACCGACCACCAGAGGGCAGUCCAGUGCUGUCCUCCGGUCAGUAUGGAGUACGGCUGUGUGCCUGGCAGCUCUGCAGGGGACAUGCAGGCUAAAGCAUCCAGCCCCAGUGUUCCUCCCACUCAGAAGGCCUCAGCUAUGAGGCUUGGGGAGGGCAACAAGGGCCACAUUCCUCAUGGUAGUGGGAACAUGGGCACCCACCCAGGGGUACGGACAGGCCUCCCCCACCCCCUUACCCCCCACAACAGCUCUGAGCCAGGCCGCACCACAGCCUCCUCCAGACCGCCCACCGCAGUCAGCCAGCGCUCCCGCCACAUAACCCAGGAGGCCCAGAGCGGGAAGCUGAGGCCUGGAGAGCGACCACGGUCAGGCAGCCUGAGACCUGGGAACCCCUUUGAGCCUGACGUCCACCUGCUGGGUCGACCACAGUCGGGGAGUGAGGCGCGGCGCAGCAGUAUCGUUCGCUUUAUGGCAGACAGUGCUCAGGCCUCCGGGGACAACAACCUGGUGCCUGACCAACACCUGGCCCAGAACUUUGGCUUCUCCUUCAUGCCGGAUGGAGGACUGAACCUCCCUCCUAUCAACGCCAAUUCUACUUUCAUCCCCCCUGUUAGCCAGACCAACUCCUCCCGCCCCUCGUCCCUGCUCCCCGUAGAGCCGCAGAACACCUUACCCUCCUUCUACCCCUCCUACCCCCCUGCCGCCCACCCCAGCCUGGCCAGCGACAUCCCCAUCCAGUACUUCUCCAACCAGAUGUUCACCAGCCCCGGCGCCGACAAGAGCAGUUCUGCCCCCCUCAACAACCGCUUCGGCUCCAUCCUGUCUCCCCCGCGCUCCGUAGGGUUCGCCCAGGCAACCUUCCCCCUACUCUCAGACAUGCCCGCUAUGCCCAUCAGCAACUCCUCUGGCAUCACCCCACACCUGUCCAACUUCAGUCUCACUUCGCUGUUCCCUGAGAUCGCCACGGCGAUGCAGCCUGAUGGUUCUGCCAUGCCAAUGUCCCCUUUGCUGUCGCUCUCCAACAAUUCCUCUGCAGACUCAGGCAAGCAGCCCAACCGCCUCGCCCACAACAUCAGCCAUAUCCUGGGGCAUGAUGGGAGCUCUGCCGUGUAGGUGAGGGGACUUAAGGUGUUGUCGUGCCAACGUGGCAGUCAGGAAUGUUCUGAUUACAUUUCAGAUGAAACAUUUAUUGAGUUGUAUUACGUGGAGUAAUGCCAUGGCCAAUUGAAUUGACAGGAUUACAACUGUUCUGUUUGGAUUAAAGUGGGUGGAAGGGCUGGUGAUCUUUUAUGUUGGUCAGCUGAAUGGUUUUUUAUCAUAUUAUUAUUUAUGGUUAGUGUUAUACUUUAACUUCCUGGCAGUUCUAUCGAUACCCUAACAUGGCAGUGGUUGCCCUAGUUACUGAAGUCAUAGCGUUUCACUGAUCUGGCACUCCUAUGGCUCUAGGAUGGGGGAAAUGAAGCUCCUAAACCAUAUGGUUUGCAAAUAGGUCUGACGUGACGACUUAUCUGCUAGUAAAAUGAUAUGAAGAGUUUUGUAAUUUCAUUGACUAACUUCUAAAAGAGGAUCCAUUUGAAAAACAUGUGCACAAAAUUCUCAAACUUAAAUGUACUAACUUAAAAUCAGGGUGUACAGUACAGAAUAUAUGAGAUGUUUUGUAAAUACGUUUAUGAUAAUUGUUAGUUUGAUAUGUGUGUAUCUGUAAAUAAAUAAAGUUGAUUAACAUUU